AGCCMAKCCCAGCCAUGUAGUUCGAUAGACGCCUCAAACUCGAAGCAAAUCACAUGAGAACACGCUUAUAAGAUUCUUAAAAGCCUCACAACAAUUACAAAUAGAUGGCGGUCCAAGAGAUGACUCGAAACCAUGACUGAAAAUGGUAAACCACUGGAACGGUGAAAUGCAGGAACCAUGGAAUGAUGAGAUGGCAAAAAGGUUGACGUCAUAAAAGAAUGACACAAAAUGAGAGAAUAGUGGAACAGUGAAAUGCUGGAACCAUGGAAUCAGUGAUAGGUUUUCCCAGAACCAAAUUGUUCUAUAACACGCUAUGUAUUAACUGCACUAUGUAGAAUAAUUUUUCUUGGCUGUACUUAAAAAAAAUAGUAUAUUGAUAUUUUGGAAAAUGCAGAGCUCAUCAGAGUCAUCAGAUGACACAGAAGAAGUACUGAGUGAUAUAAGUUUGCCCGAUGAUUAUUUAGAAGGUGUUUUCACGCAUAUGCAAAAGAAAGAUGACUCUCAAGAAGAUGAUUUGAUUAAAACAGCAAGAUAUGGUACAGCAGACGGUGUACAGAAGGUCAUAGAUUGUGGUGUGAAUAUUAACUCAACCAAUGAUGAAGGCAAAACAGCAUUGAUGUAUGCAGUAAAGAAUGGUAAAGAAGACAUUGUUGAACUUCUCAUCAAGUGUGGAGCUGAUGUUGACAUUUCUGAUAAUCAAGGGAAAACAGCAUUAGUUUAUUCAAUUUUGCACCGUAGAGAAUCGAUCCUUAACUUAUUGAUUGAACGUAAAGCUAAUGUAAACAUUGUUGAUCUAACAGGGAAUUCACCUUUGAUAUAUGCACUUCAAUAUCUUACAGAGUCACUUGUAGUGAAGAUAGUAAAAGCUGGUGCCGAUGUCAAUGUCAUGGACAGUCAGGGAAAAACUGCACUAACUUAUUCUAUCCAAUUUAAUAAGAAAUCUCUUGUACAACUUAUUCUUUAUUCUGGAGCUAGGGUAGUUGAUGCAUCUUAUUUAUUACUUAUAUUUGCAAUUCAAAAUGGGUGUGAUGAAAGUGCUUUGGAACUAAUAAAUUUUUACCACAAUUUAAACUGCACCAAUGAAACUACUGUUGACAUUGACUUAGCUGAUGAAAAUGGGACGACAGCACUGAUGUAUGCAGUCAAACAUGGAAAAGAGAACAUAGUUCAAGCUCUUAUCAAUGCAAGUGCUCAUGUCAAUGCUGAAGAUAAUAAAGGAAACACACCAUUAAUGUAUUUAACAUUGGAUGCGAAUGAAAUCCUCCAUGCGCUUGUUAAAGGUGGAGCUAAUGUGAAUCAUAAAAACAAAGAAUCCAAAAGUGUUUUGAGCCAUUUUAUUCAAUGUGGAUGUUGGGAAAUUGCACUUCAACUGAUCAAUGAAGGUGCUGAUGAAAAUCUAAACUGUACCAAAGAAACUAGUAUUGACAUUGACUUAGCUGAUGAAAAUGGAACGACAGCACUGAUGUACGCUGUCAAACAUGGAAAAAAGAAAAUAGUUCAAGCUCUUAUCAAUGCAGGUGCUCAUGUCAAUGCUGAAGAUAAUAAAGGCAAGACUGUUUUGAUGUAUGCUUCUGCAAAAUAUGGCUACAUACAAACAGUUUUGUCAAUAAUUAAUGCCGGUGCUGAUGUCAACAUAGUAGAUCACCAAGGGAACACUGCAUUGAUGGCAGCUGUAAAUUGUAACAGCUAUGAAACUGUACUUGCCUUACUUAAUGCAGGUGCUGAUAUCAACAUUGCUAACGACAUAGGUGAUACGCCACUGACCAAUGCUGUAGAACAAAAAAAAUCUGAGAUUUCAACUCUGUUGUACUUAACUAAAUCUGAUGUAAAUACUGCAAGCAAAAAUGCUAGAGAUGACUAUGGAAAUACAAAGUUAGCCAAUGCUGUUCGUGAAGGAGAUUAUAGUUGUGCCAAAGAAUUAUUAGCAGAAGAGGCUAACGUUAAUAUACCCAAUAACGAAGGAAAGACCAUGUUAACUUAUGCUUUUAAAAGUGAAGAAUUUGCUGUCUCACUGAUUAAAAGGAAAAAUGUUCUUUUAAACAUCAGGAAUACUAAUGGAAGAACACCUUUGUUUUAUGCAAUAUUGAAGAAUAACUCGUCAUCCCUUCACCUUGUUGAACAAGGAGGAGAUCUUUAUGUGCAAGACAACUACCAUGCAAGUCCAUUAUCCUUCUUUAUCUGCUACUGUAUAAUGCAGAAUCCCAAUCAUGAACACAUCAAUCGGAUUUUAACACUGUUCAAAGAAAAGGGAUUGACAAAGAAAGAAUUCUUUCAAACCCUUGUCAAUGUUCUAUUUUGCAAAGUGUCAUCAUUUUUGUAUCCAAGAUUGAGGAAACAAAUGCCCAUUGCUCCUUUAAUGACUAGAGCUGUUAAAAUCUAUGGUGACUUUGGUGCAAAAAUGAAUCAUGCCUUGGAGAAAAUUGAUGUUAUGGUCAAUAACAAUGAAUCCACACACCUUGCUUUGGAGGAGGUACUUACUUUACUUAUUGACUUAGGGGCAGACCCAGACACUAGUGCUGAUGAAGAUGGGAAUUCUGCUAUUCAUUAUGUAGCACGGUUGAUAUUGUUUGAAGUGUCAUAUGAAAUUGUAUUGAAUCUUUUAAAUAAGCUGCUAGGCUUGGGGUCUUCGUUUGUUAGGAAGAACUGCAAAGGACAAACCCCACUUCUCUUUUUCCUCUCAGAAAUGUCUGUCCGAUUUCCUGAAAUGGUGUUAAAUUCCCUCUCGGUCAUUAUUGGAGCAAUUGAAAUCUGCAAGCAUAUAUUAUUUAAUAACCCAAACAGCACUGCUACAACUGGAAAUGGAGAGUCAGUUUUUCACCUCAUUCUGAAAAUUUUCCAAAAGGACUUGACCCGCUAUAGAUGCCAUGGUGUUUUGAUAUUACAUCUAUUGCAACUGUACGCAUUGCCAAAUGUCAAACAUAGUGUGACUGUCAACAAAGUUGAUGAUAAAAUGUGCUCACCAGUUCAUCUUUGGGCUUCACUCUCUGUUACCCCAAUUAAGAGAUAUAAAUCCAUGAUUACAGAGAAACAUAGUUUUGAGCAACUGCUGGAAGCUAUCUUAAAUCACCUGAAGGAAUGUGGUGCGGUCUUGAAUAUCGUAAAUUUAAAGGAACAAAGACCAUUACACCUCUGUCGAACAUGGAGUGCUGUCAAGCUCUUGGUUGACUCAGGUGCAAAUCCCAGUGUUUUUGAUUCACAACAAAGAUCUCCUUUCCUUGUUGCUGCACAGAGUCACUUGUUUCGUUUGAAAGCUGGCUGUUUUUAUCCUGAUGUCACCGAGGAUGUUGUGACGUUCUGGAAAACUGCUGCCGAUAUGAAGCUUGACUUAUGGGCAUACGAUGCGAAUGGCAAUUCUGUAUUCAGUAUACUUAUUGCAUCAGAAGAAUUCGUGCUGGCAAAGUCUUUACUUGACAUUGCUUGCAAUAAUGACUACAUCAAGUCAGAUGAAACCUUGGUUGCCCUGUUGAGUGACAUUUGUGAAGAUGAAUCAACUAAAACCACCUGGAAGGAACUUUUGGUGAAAGAGAUCUUAAAGACUAUUAGUCAGCCAAUGGAUAUGAAGGUGCCCUUGCAGCUCUGCUGUAUGAAUAUCAAAAAUUCCUAUAAAGAGCAUUCAUGUGAUUCUGUCCACUGGCAAAUUGCCAAGAAGUUGCUGUCAUUUGGUGCAGAAGGAUCAUGUUGCUUGGAUAUAGCAGAAGGUUAUCCAGAACUCCGCGCUCUUCUCACACAGCCCCUAGACAUGGCGGAAGUACCAUUGGCCAUUCCAUGGACCUCUCACUCUCAUAAUUAUGCCAGUAAACUUGCUCAAGUCACCAGGAGACAGCAAUGUCAAAUUGUGGAGAUGUACUGGUAUCACACUGAGCCCAUUGGAAAAGGUGUAUUUGGUCACAUCUUUGCUGGCAUUAAUUCAAAAGAUGGCAUGGAAGUUGCAGUCAAGAGAAUCGAGAAUUUGCGUCUAGAGAGGCGACAAGAUGAAAGAGAAGCUUACACCUUUGCUUCGCUUACUGGAUGCAGAAAUGUUGUUCAUUACCUUGCCUUUUGCACAGAUGUGCACUUCUCUUUCAUCAUAUUGGAACUCAUGGAAGGAAAUCUCAACAAGUACUUUGAAAGUCCUCAUUUCAACAGCAGCAACAACAUCACUCUCUGCAGAGAUGUUUUCUGUGGAAUAAAUUACUUGCAUGGGGAAAACAUUGUUCACCGGGAUAUUAAACCAUCUAACAUCCUGUACAAAACCCAUCCUGAAUUAUGUGUGAAAAUAGCAGACUUUGAUUUAAGUCGUCGUUUAGAUAUCGAUUCA